AUGGAUCGCUUUUACUCAAUUUUGUCGCCUCAUGUAGAUGAAUCUUUAAGGCAAUCUUUAGAUGCCCCUGCAGACCCUAAUGAACCACUUUGUUUGGUGGCUAAAGUGCCCACAGCAAAUAUCAUUCCUACUAUUGAAACUGAGAAGAAGUUCAAGGGACUCUGGUUCACAAGAUCUGGUAUUUCUUGCGAACCACUUCAUGAUAAUGUGGCUGAUGUAUCUACGACCUCUUUGAUCAAGGAAGUCAAGUUUAUCAAUGGCACUCCUACUUUGGAGUUUGAAGAUGAGGAAUUUGAACAACUAAUUGCUCCACAUCGGUUAAGCCUCGUCGGGAAAUUUUCUUAUGGUAGGCCGAAAAUGGAGGCGAUUCAUGCCGAAUUCAAGAAGAUCGGAUUCAGUGGUGCAUACACCUUAGCUCUCUACGAUCUUCCUAUCGAAUUCAUGCACCCGGAAGUGAUUUACUCGAUGGCCACAGCCCUUGGACAGCCCUUGAAAGUGGACACUCCGACAUUGAAUAUGACCCGUCCCUCGGUUGCUAGAUUCUGCGUGGAGGUGGACCUUACCAAGGAUUUGCCAAAAUCUGUAAAGGUGGGAAAAAAGGGUCGUAAGCAUGAACAAGUCUUUACAUUCGAGCAUAUUCUAUCGUAUUGCUUGAAAUGUUGCAAAAUUGGCCAUAAGGACAUUGAUUGCAGAGUUGGUAAACCCAUGGUGCGAGUGAAUGAGUCAGACAAUAUUGAGGUUCCAGAGAAAAAGGGAAUCAAAAUCAAGUCGGCAAAGCCUAAAUGGACAUUGAAAAGAGGUGAUCCUAAAAAUACACUGGAAGCUCAAAUAGUUAGUUUGAAUCCCUUGGUGGUCAAAGGGGUGGAAAAGGAAGCAACGGUGGCGACGGAGGUAGUGAAAAACAACCCUGCAACAAAAACCCUAGAGGCGUGGACUGCAGAAACCCUAGCUGCGGAAGAAACCCUAGGCGCGCAAGUGGAUUUGCGGCCAUCCCCGGUUAGAACUGAAGCCGUAUGUGUUGAUGCACCACCUCUUGUUCAAUUGGGAAAUCGAUUUUCAAUUCUCCAUGCUGCGGAGGAUGAUGAGGCCGAAGAUCAUACGCAAAGUCAGGAAGAACAAGACAAUAUUGGUGCUACUUCGGUUGAUGGUAAUUUUGAUUUAGCCAAGAAUAGUGCUUUGCUUGAAGUUGAGCUGCGGAAUAUGUCUUUGGUCCCGCAACUAGAUCCCAUUCGAUCUAAUGAUGAUACAUCCGCGAAUGAAAUCCCUAAUACUGAGGCGGUUCAUGACGAGAGAGAGUUAUGGUCUGAUGGAGAGAUUCAUGAUGAUCACAUUGUUGAAAAUGAUCAAGGCGAGUGCACUGUCACCAAGAAGCGGGGGCGCAAGUCGAAGGAAGAACGUGCAAAACAAUCGGAGGGUGUUGAACUAAGGCACUCCCUUCGACUUCAGUAG